AUGAGCUGCAACGGAGGCUCCCACCCGCGGAUCAACACGCUGGGCCGCAUGACCCGCGCCGAGUCCGGUCCCGACCUGCGCUACGAGGUGACCUGCGGCGGCGGCGGCGGCGGCGGCGGGGGAGGCGGCGGCGGCGGCGGGGGCACCACCAGCAGGAUGUACUACUCCCGGCGCUGCACGGUCACCGACCAGAACUCGGACGGCUACUGUCAAACCGGUACCAUGUGCAGGCACCAGAACCAGAACACCAUCCAAGAACUUCUCCAGAACUGCGCGGAUUGUCUGAUGCGGGCAGAGCUGAUCGUGCAGCCGGAACUGAAAUACGGAGAUGGAAUACAGCUGGCUCGGAGCAGAGAACUGGAUGAGUGUUUUGCCCAGGCCAAUGAUCAGAUGGAAAUUACCGAUAGCUUGAUCAGAGAGAUGCGACAGAUGGGCCAGCCCUGUGAUGCUUAUCAGAAAAGACUGCUUCAGCUCCAGGAGCAAAUGCGAGCCCUUUAUAAAGCCAUCAGUGUCCCUCGAGUCCGAAGGGCCAGCUCUAAGGGUGGUGGAGGGUACACCUGUCAGAGUGGCUCUGGGUGGGAUGAAUUCACCAAGCGCCUCACCAGCGAAUGUCUGGGGUGGAUGAGACAGCAGAGGGCGGAGAUGGAUCUGGUGGCCUGGGGCGUGGACCUGGCCUCCGUGGAGCAGCACAUCAGCAGCCACAGAAGCAUCCACAACUCCAUCGGGGACUAUCGCUGGCAACUGGACAAAAUCAAAGCCGACCUGCGUGAGAAAUCUGCCAUCUACCAGUUGGAGGAGGAGUAUGAAAACCUGCUGAAAGCGUCCUUUGAGAGGAUGGAUCACCUACGACAGCUGCAGAACAUCAUCCAGGCCACGUCCCGAGAGAUCAUGUGGAUCAAUGACUGUGAGGAGGAGGAGCUGCUCUAUGACUGGAGUGAUCGGAACACCAACAUUGCCCAGAAGCAGGAGGCCUUCUCUAUACGCAUGAGCCAACUGGAAGUUAAGGAAAAAGAGCUCAAUAAGCUUAAACAAGAAAGUGACCAACUUGUCCUCAAUCAGCAUCCGGCUUCAGACAAAAUUGAGGCCUAUAUGGACACUCUUCAGACACAGUGGAGCUGGAUUCUUCAGAUCACCAAGUGCAUUGACGUUCACCUCAAAGAAAAUGCUGCCUACUUUCAGUUUUUUGAAGAGGCCCAGUCAACCGAAGCCUACCUGAAGGGCCUUCAGGACUCCAUCAGAAAGAAGUACCCCUGUGAUAAGAACAUGCCCCUGCAGCGCCUGCUGGAACAGAUCAAAGAGCUGGAGAAAGAACGAGAGAAAAUCCUCGAAUACAAGCGUCAGGUACAGAACUUGGUAAACAAGUCCAAGAAGAUCGUGCAGCUGAAACCACGGAACCCAGACUAUAGAAGCAACAAACCCAUUAUUCUCAGGGCUCUCUGUGACUACAAACAAGACCAGAAAAUCGUGCACAAAGGGGAUGAGUGCAUCCUGAAGGACAAUAAUGAGCGCAGCAAGUGGUACGUGACGGGUCCUGGAGGUGUGGACAUGCUCGUCCCUUCUGUCGGUCUGAUUAUCCCUCCUCCGAAUCCUCUGGCCAUAGACCUCUCUUGCAAGAUUGAGCAGUACUAUGAGGCCAUCUUGGCUCUGUGGAACCAGCUGUACAUCAACAUGAAGAGCCUGGUGUCCUGGCACUACUGCAUGAUCGACAUCGAGAAAAUCAGGGCCAUGACCAUCGCCAAGCUGAAAACGAUGCGGCAGGAAGAUUACAUGAAGACAAUAUCUGACCUUGAGCUGCAUUACCAAGAGUUCAUCAGGAACAGCCAGGGCUCGGAGAUGUUUGGAGAUGAUGAUAAGCGGAAGAUGCAGUCUCAGUUCACGGAUGCCCAGAAGCACUACCAGACCCUGGUCAUACAGCUCCCUGGUCACCCCCAGCACCAGACAGUAACCACAACUGAAAUCACUCAUCAUAGUUCCUGCCAAGAUCUCAACCAUAAUAAAGUGAUUGAAACCAACAGAGAAAAUGACAAGCAGGAAACAUGGAUGCUGAUGGAGCUCCAGAAGGUUCGCAGGCAGAUGGAACACUGUGAGAGCAGAAUGACCCUUAAAAACAUCCUUCUAGCCGACCAAGGGUCUACGCACCACAUCACAGUGAAAAUAAAUGAGCUCAAGAGUGUGCAGAAUGAUUCUCAAGCAAUUGCUGAAGUUCUCAACCAGCUCAAAGAUAUGCUAGCGAACUUCAGAGGUUCAGAAAAAUACUGCUAUUUACAGAAUGAGGUAUUUGGACUGUUCCAGAAACUGGAAAACAUCAAUGGUGUUACAGAUGGCUACUUAAACAGCUUAUGCACGGUGAGAGCUCUACUCCAGGCUAUCCUGCAGACAGAAGACAUGCUGAAGGUGUACGAAGCCAGACUCACCGAAGAGGAAACCGUGUGCCUGGAUCUGGAUAAAGUGGAAGCUUACCGCUGUGGGCUGAAGAAAAUCAAAAAUGACUUGAACUUGAAGAAGUCCUUGUUGGCCACAAUGAAGACAGAGCUGCAGAAAGCCCAGCAGAUCCACUCCCAGACCUCACAGCAGUAUCCACUCUAUGGCCUGGAUCUGGGCAAGUUCAGUGACAAAGUCACACAGCUGACAGACCGCUGGCAAAAAAUAGAUAAACAGAUAGACUACAGACUGUGGGACUUGGAGAAACAAAUUAAGCAACUGAGGAAUUACCGUGAUAACUAUCAGGCUUUCUGCAAGUGGCUCUAUGAUGCCAAACGCCGCCAGGAUUCCUUAGAAUCCAUGAAGUUUGCUGACUCCAACACAGUCAUGCGAUUUUUGAAUGAGCAGAAGAACUUGCACAAUGAAAUAUGUGGCAAACGAGACAAAUCAGAAGAAGUACAAAAAAUUGCCGAACUUUGUGCAAAUUCGAUUAAGGAUUAUGAACUCCAGCUUGCAUCAUACACCUCAGGCCUGGAGACUCUGCUGAACAUACCUAUCAAGAGAACCAUGGUGCAGUCUCCCUCUGGUGUGAUUCUGCAAGAGGCUGCUGAUAUGCACGCUCGGUACAUAGAACUACUUACAAGGUCUGGAGACUACUAUAGAUUCUUAAGUGAGAUGCUGAAGAGUUUGGAAGAUAUGAAGCUGAAAAAUACCAAGAUUGAAGUUUUGGAAGAGGAGCUCAGACUGGCCCGGGAUGCCAAUUCUGAAAACUGCAACAAGAACAAAUUCCUGGAUCAGAACCUGCAGAAAUACCAGGCGGAAUGUUCCCAGUUCAAAGCCAAGCUCGUGAGCCUGGAGGAGCUGAAGAGGCAGGCGGAGCUGGAUGGGAAGUCAGCGAAGCAAAACCUGGACAAGUGCUACGGCCAAAUAAAAGAACUCAAUGAGAAGAUCACCCGGCUGACUUACGAGAUUGAAGACGAGAAGCGGAGGAGGAAGGCCGUGGAAGACAGGUUUGACCAACAGAAGAGUGACUAUGACCAGCUGCAGAAGGCCAGGCAGUGUGAGAAGGAGAGCCUUGGCUGGCAGAAAAUGGAGUCUGAGAAGGCCAUCAAGGAGAAGGAGUACGAAAUAGAAAGGUUGAGAGUUCUUCUGCAGGAGGAGGGCGCCCGGAAGAGAGAAUAUGAAAAUGAGCUGGCAAAGGUAAGAAACCACUAUAAUGAGGAGAUGAGUAAUUUAAGGAACAAGUAUGAAACAGAGAUUAACAUUACGAAGACCACCAUCAAGGAGAUAUCCAUGCAGAAAGAGGAUGAUUCCAAAAAUCUGAGAAACCAGCUUGACCGCCUCUCGAGGGAAAAUCGAGACCUGAAGGAUGAAAUCGUCAGGCUCAAUGACAGCAUCCUGCAGACCACUGAGCAGCGGCGGCGGGCUGAGGAAGACGCCCUGCAGCAGAAGGCCUGUGGCUCGGAGAUGCUGCAAAAGAAGCAGCAUCUGGAGAUCGAGCUGAAGCAGGUCAUCCAGCAGCGCUCUGAGGACAACGCAAGACACAAGCAGUCCCUGGAGGAGGCUGCAAAGACCAUUCAGGACAAAAACAAGGAGAUUGAGAGACUCAAAGCUGAGUUUCAGGAGGAGGCCAAGCGCCGCUGGGAAUAUGAGAAUGAACUGGCUAAGGUAAGAAACAAUUACGAUGAGGAAAUCAUUAGCUUAAAGAACCAGUUCGAGACGGAGAUCAACGUCACCAAGACAACCAUCCACCAGCUCACCAUGCAGAAGGAAGAGGACACCAGUGGCUACCGAGCCCAGAUCGACAACCUCACCAGAGAAAACCGCAGCCUGUGUGAAGAAGUAAAGCGGCUGAAGAACACGUUGGCCCAGACCACGGAGACUCUCCGGAGGGUGGAGGAAAACGCCCAGCAGCAGAAGGCCACCGGCACCGAGGUGUCACAGAGGAAACAGCAGCUGGAGAUCGAGCUGAGGCAGGUCACUCAGAUGCGCACCGAGGAGAGCGUGCGAUACAAGCAGUCAUUGGAUGAUGCUGCCAAGACGAUCCAGGACAAAAACAAGGAGAUAGAAAGGUUAAAGCAGCUGAUAGAGACGGAAACCAGCACGAGGAAGUGCCUGGAAGAGGAGAACGUGAAGUUGCAAAGGGCCCAGUAUGAGCUGCAGAAAGCGAACAGCAGUGCGACCGAGACGAUCGGCAAGCUGAAGGUUCAGGAGCAAGAGCUCACGCGCCUGAGGCUCGACUACGAGAGGGUCUCCCAGGAGAGGGCUGUGAGGGACCAGGACAUCGUGCGGUUCCAGGGCUCUCUGAAGGACCUGCAGCUGCAGAAGCAGAAGGUGGAAGAGGAGCUGAGCCGGCUGAGGAGGGCCGCCUCAGAAGACUCGUCGAAAAGGAAGAAGCUGGAGGAUGAGCUGGAAGGCAUGAGGAGGUCUCUGAAGGAGCAGGCAAUAAAAAUCACCAGCCUGACGCAGCAGCUGGAGCAGGCGUCCAUCGUCAAGAAACGCAGUGAGGACGACCUCCGGCAGCAGAGGGAAGUGCUGGACGGCCACCUGAGGGAUAAGCAGAGGACCCAGGAGGAGCUCCGAAGGCUCUCCUCUGAGGUCGAGGCCCUGAGGCGGCAGUUGCUUCAGGAGCAGGAAAGUGUCAAACAGGCUCACCUGAGGAAUGAGCAUUUCCAGAAGGCGAUAGAGGAUAAGAGCAGAAGCUUGAAUGAAAGCAAAAUCGAAAUCGAGAGGCUGCAGUGUCUCACAGAGAACCUGACCAAGGAGCACUUGAUGCUGGAGGAAGAGCUUCGGAACCUGAGGCUGGAGUACGACGACCUCAGGAGGAGCCGGAGUGAGGCGGAUAGUGACAAAAACACGACCAUCUCUGAACUCAGGAGCCAGCUGCAGAUCAGCAACAACCGGACCCUGGAACUGCAGGGGCUGAUUAAUGAUUUACAGAGAGAGAGGGAAAAUUUGAGACAGGAAAUUGAGAAAUUCCAAAAGCAGGCUUUAGAGGCAUCUAACAGGAUUCAGGAAUCAAAGAACCAGUGCACUCAGGUGGUGCAGGAAAGAGAGAGCCUUCUGGUGAAGAUCAAAGUUCUGGAGCAGGACAAGAGCAGGCUGCAGAGGCUGGAGGAUGAGCUCACUCGCCUGAAGACAACGCUGGAGGCGGAAAGCAGGCUGAAACAACGCCUGGAGUGUGAGAAACAGCAAAUCCAGAAUGACCUCAAUCAGUGGAAAACCCAGUAUUCCCGCAAGGAAGAGACCAUUAGGAAGAUCGAGUCGGAGAGAGAAAAAAGCGAGAGAGAGAAGAACAGCUUCAGGAGCGAGAUGGAGAGACUGCAGGCAGAGAUCAAGAGGAUCGAGGAGCGGUACAGGCGCAAAUUGGAGGAUUCCACCCGGGAGACGCAGUCGCAGUUGGAAACAGAGCGCUCCCGCCUCCAGAGGGAAAUUGACAAGCUCAAGCAGCGCCCCUACGGGUCCCAUCGGGAGACCCAGACUGAGUACGAGUGGACCGUUGACUCCUCCAAGCUGGUGUUUGAUGGACUGAGGAAGAAGGUGACGGCCAUGCAGCUCUACGAGUGCCAGCUGAUUGACAAAACAACCUUGGACAAGCUGUUGAAGGGGAAAAAGUCAGUGGAAGAAGUUGCCUCUGAAAUCCAGCCUUUCCUUCGGGGUGCAGGAGCUAUUGCUGGGGCAUCUGCUUCCCCCAAGGAGAAGUACUCUCUGGUGGAGGCCAAGAGAAAGAAACUAAUCACCCCAGAAUCCACAGUCAUGCUCCUGGAGGCCCAGGCAGCUACAGGGGGUAUAAUCGACCCCCACAGGAAUGAGAAGCUGACUGUGGACAAUGCAAUCGCUCGGGACCUCAUUGACUUCGAUGACCGUCAGCAGAUAUACACCGCAGAGAAAGCUGUCACUGGUUUUGACGAUCCGUUUUCGGGCAAGACAGUCUCGGUUUCGGAAGCCAUCAAGAAAAAUCUGAUCGACAGAGAAACCGGAAUGCGCCUGCUGGAGGCCCAGAUUGCUUCAGGGGGUGUGGUGGACCCCGUGAAUAGUGUCUUUCUGCCAAAAGAUGUAGCGUUGGCCCGUGGGCUGAUUGACAGAGAUUUGUAUCGGUCCCUGAAUGAUCCCCGAGAUAGUCAGAAAAACUUUGUGGAUCCAGUCACCAAAAAGAAAGUCAGUUACAUGCAGCUGAGGGAACGGUGCAGAAUCGAACCACACACUGGUCUGCUCUUGCUGUCAGUGCAGAAGAGAAGUAUGUCCUUCCAAGGAAUCAGACAACAGGUGACCGUCUCUGAGCUGGUAGAUUCCGGUAUAUUGAGACCAUCCACUGUAAAUGAACUGGAAUCAGGUCAGAUUUCUUAUGAUGAGGUUGGUGAGAGAAUUAAAGACUUCCUUCAGGGUUCAAGUUGCAUAGCAGGCAUAUACAAUGAGACCACGAAGCAGAAGCUUGGCAUUUAUGAGGCCAUGAAAAUUGGCUUGGUCCGACCUGGUACUGCUCUGGAGUUGCUGGAAGCCCAAGCAGCCACUGGCUUUAUAGUGGAUCCUGUUAGCAACUUGAGGUUACCGGUGGAGGAAGCCUACAAAAGAGGCCUGGUGGGCAUUGAGUUCAAAGAGAAGCUCCUAUCUGCAGAACGAGCGGUCACCGGGUAUAAUGAUCCUGAAACAGGAAACAUCAUCUCUUUGUUCCAAGCCAUGAACAAGGAACUCAUUGAAAAGGGCCAUGGCAUUCGUUUAUUGGAAGCGCAGAUCGCGACAGGCGGGAUCAUAGACCCGAAGGAGAGCCAUCGUUUGCCAGUUGACAUGGCCUACAAGAGGGGCUACUUUAAUGAGGAGCUCAGUGAGAUUCUCUCAGAUCCAAGUGAUGAUACGAAAGGAUUUUUUGACCCCAACACAGAAGAAAAUCUUACCUAUCUGCAACUAAAAGAAAGAUGUAUCAAGGAUGAGGAGACAGGGCUCUGUCUUCUGCCGCUGAAAGAAAAGAAGAAAGAGGUGCAGACAUCACAAAAGAAUACUCUCAGGAAGCGUAGAGUGGUCAUCGUUGACCCAGAAACCAACAAGGAGAUGUCUGUUCAGGAGGCCUACAAGAAGGGCCUGAUAGAUUAUGAAACCUUCAGAGAACUGUGUGAGCAGGAGUGUGAGUGGGAAGAAAUAACCAUCACUGGGUCCGACGGCUCCACCAGGGUGGUCCUGGUAGAUAGGAAGACAGGCAGUCAGUAUGAUAUUCAAGACGCUAUUGACAAGGGCCUCAUUGACAGGAAGUUCUUUGAUCAGUACCGAUCCGGCAGCCUCAGCCUCACUCAGUUUGCUGAUAUGAUCUCCUUGAAAAACGGUGUCGGUGGCAACAGCAGUGGUAUAGGGGGUGGUGUCAGUGAUGAUGUGUUUAGCAACUCGCGACACGAGUCAGUAAGUAAGAUUUCUACCAUCUCCAGUGUCAGGAACAUAACCAUCAGGAGCAGCUCUCUGUCCGACCCCCUGGAAGAAUCAAGCCCCAUUGCAGCCAUCUUUGACACAGAAAACCUAGAGAAGAUCUCCAUUACAGAAGGAAUAGAGCGGGGCAUUGUCGAUAGCAUCACUGGUCAGAGGCUUCUGGAGGCUCAGGCCUGCACGGGUGGCAUCAUCCACCCAACCAGCGGUCAGAAGCUGUCACUUCAGGACGCAGCCUCCCAGGGCCUGAUUGACCAAGAUAUGGCCACCAGGCUGAAGCCCGCCCAGAAAGCCUUCAUUGGCUUUGAAGGCGUGAAGGGAAAGAAGAAGAUGUCAGCAGCAGAGGCAGUAAAAGAAAAAUGGCUCCCCUAUGAGGCAGGUCAGCGCUUCCUGGAGUUCCAGUACCUCACUGGAGGCCUUGUUGACCCGGAAGUGCAUGGGAGGAUAAGCACAGAAGAAGCCAUCAGGAAGGGGUUCAUCGAUGGCAGAGCAGCUCAGAGGCUGCAAGACACCAGUAGCUAUGCCAAAAUCCUGACCUGCCCCAAAACCAAGUUAAAAAUAUCCUAUAAGGAUGCCAUGAAUCGCUCCAUGGUGGAAGAUAUCACUGGCCUUCGCCUUCUGGAGGCUGCCUCUGUUUCAUCUAAGGGCUUGCCUAGCCCUUAUAACAUGUCUUCUGCCCCAGGUUCCCGCUCAGGAUCCCGCUCCGGCUCUCGCUCUGGAUCCCGCUCCGGCUCUCGCUCUGGUUCCCGCAGUGGGUCCCGGAGAGGAAGCUUUGAUGCAACCGGGAAUUCUUCCUACUCUUACUCCUACUCCUUUAGCAGUAGCUCUAUUGGGCACUAGUAGUCAGUUAGUUGCUAUUUCCUUGGCUUCAUUUAUGUGAAUUUUCACUUUACUAAAUACUUUACUAAAAGAAAACCUAGUGCUUGCAGUAUAGUGAUAGAGCUUUCUAUGAUUAAGAAGACAUAACCUUGGUUGAAAUCAAAUAGUAAAGUCUAUUCUGGCUUUUUAUCUUCUUAGCUCACCCGAAGUACGUAACACACUGGAUGUAGUGUGUAUGAAGUGACAAUCAGUUGUAAGGAUAGCACAAAUUGAAUCUAGAGUUUGUUCCUUCUGUGUUUAGAUUUUUGAUCGAUUCUUGUACUUCUUUUGGCCUAUAAUACAGAUUUCUGUUCUUGGAGAUGAAAUUAAGUUGAUCAUGGAUACUUUAGUCAUCAUUCUGUUUUUCAUCUAAAUAUUUCCAUUUUCUGUAUUAGGAGAAAAUUCUCUCUCCCAUUCUCCCUAGAAUACUCCACCCCAAACCCAAACAUUUUGGAAUGAGUCUCCUUUAGUUUUAGAUUGUGGAUUGUGUAACCUAUAUAUUCUUACAUGCACCUGUUUGGUUCAGCAUUAAUUUGACUAUAUGUGAGUGAUAGCAGCAAUCUUUGCUUCUCUUUGGUCAAAGUUUUCUGUUUAUUUUGCUUGUCAUUUACUAUGUACUUUAAAAAGGUGUCUUUAUGAAGUUUGCUAUUCUGGCAAUAAACUUUUCGACUUUUCAA